AUGUUCGGAAGGAAAGAGAAAGACGUGCCGUCUCCGGACGUGGACAAGACAGAUCCAAUCCCUCACUAUGACAAUACCUACGACGACGACCCGGCACUUGUCCCAUGUCCGCCCAACACCACGGAAUCCAAACUCGUGACCAAGAUUGACCUCCAUGUCAUUCCCUUCCUUUGCAUCAUGUAUCUCCUAGCCUUCCUGGACCGUGUCAACAUUGCAAAUGCGAACGUCUUUGGCCUCAGCGAGGAACUUGAUCUGGCACGAGAUAAUCGCUACAACACUGCUCUGGUCAUCUUCUUCGUCCCCUACAUCCUCUUCGAGAUCCCGUCCAAUGUCCUUCUCAAAAAGAUGAAACCUCGCGUCUGGCUCAGCAUCUGCAUGUUUGGUUUCGGUCUCGUUACUAUGCUGCAAGGCUUUGUGCAAAAUUACUCUGGCCUGCUUGCGACUCGAUUCUUUCUCGGUGUGUUCGAGACAGGCAUGUUUCCGGGUGCCUUCUACUUGAUUGGUAUGUGGUACCGCAGACACGAGGCGCAGAAACGAUAUUCGUUCUUCUUCAGUUCAACGACUCUGGCCGGAGCCUUUGGUGGACUGCUAGCUUCUGCGAUUGGCAAGAUGGACGGCAUGCGCGGAUAUCAGGGUUGGAGAUGGAUCUUCAUUCUGGAAGGACUCUUGACUGUUCUGGUUUCGUUCGCUUUCUUCUUUCUGCUCCCAAACUUCCCGGAAGAAGUGAAGUGGCUCUCGGAACCCGAACGCGCGUUUGUCAAAGCCAGACUUCAAAUCGACCAAGGACGCUCCGCACGUGAACGACCUAUCAAGGCCAAGGACGUUGUGAAUGUGUUCAAGGACCCCAAGAUCCUCAUUGGCGGACUCAUGUACUUCGGCUUGAUCGUACCUGCCUAUGGUUACGCCUACUUCUCUCCCACCAUCAUCCAGAGCUAUGGUUACUCCAAGAUCCAGACACAGCUGCACAGUGUUCCUCCAUGGGCCGCCGCUUUUGGUUUCUCGAUGCUUGUCGCAUGGUUCUCGGACAGGCUCAAACACCGCUUCCUUUUCACCAUCUUCCCCAUCGCUGUAUGCAUCGCUGGAUUCGCUAUUCUGAUCACCGUACAUGACAACCAUGACCUGCAAUAUGGAGCGCUCUUCCUUGUCGCCAUGGGAGCCUACACCGCCAUGCCGGUCAUUGUAUGUUGGUUCAACAUGAACUUGGGUGGUCACCACCGUCGAGCUGUGGGAAGUGCAUGGCAAGUCGGCUUUGGCAACAUUGGUGGAAUCAUCGCUGUCUACUCGUUCUUGAAGACUGACGCGCCAAAGUAUACGCGAGGGUAUUCCAUCAGUAUCGGCUUUGUGUGCCUCAGUGCACUAAGUUGCUGCGCGUACUUUGUCAUGUGCAGUUUAUCGAACCGAAAGAGGAAUAAGAGCGUCAGGGAUGUAGGAUUGACGGAGUAUGAGAAGACCGAAAUGGGCGAUCUGAAUCCGGAGUACCGCUAUCUCUUGUAG